AUGUCAGCGAGGCUAGGCGACCUCAUCAAGGAAGCUGGAUAUGCCGAGAUGUAUGGGGUUGAGCUUGCUGCACCUACUGAGGAAGGCAAACCCUCUCCCUUCAGCACCCUCCUCAUCCUCCAAAAAUUCCUCCGCGCAAACCAAAACCAAAUCAACAAAGCCUGCGAACAACUCGUAGGAGCACUGAAAUGGCGUAAAGAGUUCAAGCCGCUAGAAGUUAAGAAUCAAGUCUUUGAUAAGACUAAGUUCCAAGGCUUGGGCUAUAUCACAAAACUCAAGAAUGUACCCGAGAGUCCUAAUGAAGUGGAUAUUGCUACGUUUAAUAUCUACGGUGCUGUCAAGGAUACCAAAAAGACAUUUGGAGAUUUGGACGAAUUUAUCCGUUGGCGUGUCGCUCUCAUGGAGCUGACUGUCCAAUCUCUCUCCCUCUCCACAACCACCAUACCCAUCCCCGACUACAACAAAGGCCCCGACCCCCACCAAGCCCUCCAAAUCCACGAUUACCUACGCGUCUCCUUCCUCCGCCAACCUUCCGAAGUAAAAGCUGCCUCCCAAAAAGCCAUCCAACUUUUCAGCGCAUACUACCCAGAGACUCUCUCCAAGAAGUACUUUGUAAAUGUGCCGUUGGUGAUGCAGUGGAUGUUUGGCGCUAUGCAGGUGUUUAUGGCUAAAGAGACGAUCCAGAAAAUGCAGUGGAUGAGUUAUGGUGAAGAGUUGCACAAGUACCUAGGGACUGAUGUGGGCAAGGAGUAUGGUGGUCAGGGACCUGAGUUGGAGGCUGUGGGUGUGACGCCCUUGUAUGACCAACAGACAUCUAGAGAUGCUGUUGCUGAUGCCGCUGCUGCCAAGGAGGUGGCUAUUUGA